AUGGGGUUGAUGGAAGAUGGCCGCUAUGCAUAUGUAGAGUUCGGUACGGCUUCAGUGAGUGCACUGGUGUUCCCCGGUAGGUUAUCGACUGAGCACCAGUCUCUGAUGUUUGUGAGGAGGCUUUCAGCUGUUUAGGUAUCCUGCAUCACCUCUUUGAGAGGAAUGUUUCCAGAACGUGCUUAUGGGGCAAGCUGUCUGGAUGAUCCCUGUGUCAAAAUUCUGAAAGGAUAUAAAAAUUGUCCCGGUUCCUCACAGUUAGUGAAGUGGAUGCUAGGAUUUUUACGGAAGGAGUAUCUCAGGAUGAUCCUUCUGGCUGUGUGUGCCAAUCCAGAAGGUCCUCGGACAGUUUCAGGGCGUCACCAAUUUAAGUUCAAGUACACCAAAAAUGGGCCAAUCAUGGACUUCGUAAGCAAAAAUCAAAACAAAUCUAGUACGACAUCUGCUGGCACCAAGAAAGCAAGUAUUCUCCUCAUUCAGAAGAUUUAUGUCCUAAUGCAAAACCCAAGACCUUUGCCUAAUGAUGUUUGUCUGACCACGAAACUUUUUUUUACUGUGAUGAAGUUACACCCCCAAGAUUACCAACCUCCAGGUUUUAAGGAUGGUGACUGUGAAGGAGUAAUAUUUAAUGGGGAUCCUACAUACUUAAAUGUGGGAGAAGCCCUGACACCUUUUCACACCUUGAGAUUAAAAGUGACCAUUGAACGAAUGGAAAAUAUUGAUUCAACAAUAUUAACACCAAAACAAUCAAAAAUACCAUUUCAAAAAAUUCUAAUGGACAAAGAUGAUGGAGACAAUGAAUCAGAUCGUAACAAUUUUGACAUUAAAACUAAAAUGGAUGAACAGAAAGAAAUUUCAGAAGCUUCUAAAAUCAAAGAACAAAGUCUAGAUUGUGAGGAAGAAGAAAUUAUGCAGUUAAAAAAAAAAAACUCAAGUCCUUCAGUUUCUCAUAGUCAAGUUGAACAGUUAAUCAGUGAGACAUCUGAACUUGAUGUGUCUGAAAGCAAAACAAGAUGAAGAAAGAUCUUCCAGAGUAAAAUGGCAAAUGGAAAUCUACAAGGACAAACUUCUAAAGAAAAUUGAAAGAGAAGUCUUCGUCAACCUGGGGAAACAGUCCUUCCUCACUGGCAAUCUUCUCACCAGAGACAGUGCUGA